GAGCCGAGGCUGGGAGCCGCGUCCCGUCACCGCGCCGCGGAGGAGGUGCGCGCAGACUUCCAGCGCAGGGUGCCCUACAGCUUCCUGCAGCGCGCCUACAUCCAGCUGAACAAGUUGGAGGAGGCAGCAGAUGCAGCUCACACCUUCUUCAUGGCAAACCCUGAGCACAUGGAGAUACAGCAGGACAUUGAGAACUACAAGACCACGGCAGGGAAAGUCACCUUGAUUGACCGGGAGGCCAGGCAGCACAUGGAGGACUACAGUGCUGGAGUAAGGCACUAUGACAAAGAGGAGUAUGAACUGGCCAUUGACCUCUUGGAGCGUGCACUAAAAGGGUACUACUCUGAGGAUGAAGAUUGCCAGAUCAUGUGUGAGGGACCACAGAGAUUUGAAGAACAUGAGUACCUGGAAUAUAAAGCUAGUCUCUAUGAAGCUAUUGCAGAUCACUACAUGCAGGUCCUGGUGUGCAAACACGACUGUGUCCGAGAACUCGCCACGCGCUCGGGCCGGAUCUCACCCAUUGAAAAUUUCCUUCCCCUCCACUAUGACUACUUGCAGUUUGCCUAUUACAGAGUUGGUGACUAUGUAAAAGCCUUGGAGUGUGCCAAGACCUACCUCCUCUUCCACCCAGAUGAUGAAGAUGUCUUAGAGAACGCAGGUUAUUACGAGGGCCUCUUGGAAGGUACAAUGGAUCCAGACACCAUCAAACCCAGAAAGGAAGCAAGGAUGUUGCUGCGGCGCCAUAAGCUGGAGUCUCACCUGCUGCAGGUGGCUGCAGCCGGCCUGGGAUACACCUACACAGAGCCGAACUACUGGAACCGAUAUGGUGCCCGCCAGGAUGAGCACAGUGUCCCAUCAAGCAUCAGCAGUGAACCAGAGGAUGGGCCCAGGCUGUCCCUGGCAAAGAAACCCAUGCCAAAACCAGAUCGAGAGUUGAAGGAGGGGGGGCCACUUCUCUACAGCGGCGUGAAGUUUGUCUACAACUCGCAGCAGCUGAACGGCACCCAGCGAGUCCUGCUGGAUAACGUCAUCUCGGAGGAGCAGUGCCGAGAGCUUCACAGGGUGGCCAGCGGGAUCAUGUUGGCUGGAGAUGGUUACAGGGGCAAAACCUCCCCCCACACCCCAAAUGAGAGAUUUGAAGGAGCCACAGUCCUCAAAGCCCUCAAGUAUGGCUACGAGGGCCGCGUCCCACUGAAGAGUGCCCGGCUCUUCUACGACAUCAGUGAGAAGGCUCGCAGGAUCGUCGAGUCCUACUUCAUGCUGAACUCCACACUCUACUUCUCCUACACCCACCUGGUGUGCCGCACUGCCCUCUCCGGCCAGCAGGAAAGGAGGAAUGACCUGAGCCACCCCAUCCAUGCUGACAACUGCCUCUUGGACCCCGAGGCCAACGAGUGCUGGAAGGAGCCUCCUGCCUACACCUUUCGGGAUUACAGUGCCCUCCUGUACAUGAACGCGGAUUUCGAAGGAGGCGAGUUCAUUUUCACCGAGAUGGAUGCCAAAACUGUGACCGCCUCCAUCAAACCCAAGUGCGGGCGAAUGAUCAGCUUCUCGUCGGGUGGUGAGAACCCUCAUGGGGUGAAGGCAGUUACCAAAGGCCAGCGCUGUGCUGUGGCUCUCUGGUUCACCUUGGAUCCACUUUACAGAGAGCUGGAGCGAAUCCAGGCAGAUGAAGUGAUUGCCAUGUUGGACCAGGAGCAUCUAGGACCCAGUGAAAUGAACAUCAACCCAAAGGAUGAGCUAUGAACUAGGCCAAAGACUUUUUCUAUUAAAUAUUUAUUUAAUAUUGUUAAUCUUAUUAGAACCCUUCUAUUUUUGUACAGAGCCACUGUAUAAAUUA